AUGGCUGCAAGAAAACUUCAACAAGAGGUUGACAAAUGCUUCAAAAAAGUAACUGAGGGUGUCGCGGAAUUUGAAUCUAUUUAUGAGAAAAUUGAACAAUCUACGAAUGCCGCACAAAAAGAAAAACUCGAGGAUAAUUUAAAACGAGAGAUAAAGAAAUUACAGCGCCUCCGCGAUCAAAUAAAAACUUGGGCAGCUAGCAAUGAUAUAAAAGACAAGACACCCUUACUUGAUAACCGGAAGCUCAUCGAAACCCAAAUGGAGCGGUUCAAGGCUGUAGAAAAAGCAAUGAAAACGAAGGCCUACUCCAAAGAAGGUCUUUCGGCUGCUACGAAACAAGAUCCAAAGGAGCGAGCCAAAAUGGAGGCAUAUGAUUUCUUGGGAAAUAUGGUGGACGAACUAGAGCGCCAGAUUGAAACUCUAGAGGCUGAAGGGGAAGCUAUUCAAGCUACUAUGAAGAAAGGGAAAAACCAGUCAAGUAAAGCCGACAGAAUGGCAGAAAUUGAAAGGAUAACAGAGAGGCACAAGUGGCAUCAAGGGAAGCUAGAGCUUAUAAAAAGAUCGCUAGAGAACGGAGGCGUUGAAACUGAACAAAUUAACGACCUUGAAGAAAGCCUAAGAUACUACGUCUCAGACGGCAUGAAUGAAGAUUUUAUGGAAGAUGAUGAGAUGUAUGACGACCUAAAUCUACAGGAAGAAGAAGAUAACUUUGGUAUGAAUAUAGACAAUGACCGGGUGUCAUCUCAAGACACGCAAUCAUUACAAGAGGAAACCUUGGAGCCUGAACAUCGCUCAAAUGGGAAGUUAAAAACUGGCCCGGAGACUUUUACGGUCGCCGCAAGGCGGCCAUCCACACACUUAAAGAGUCCAUUACCAGCACCGGCAACAUUACAUCAACCUUUAUCAAAUGUCACAAAUAACUCAAAUAGCUAUAUGAAGCCCGCAGCUGCCCCCUCAAGGGCACCAGGAGAAAUCUUAAAAUAUGCAUCAGCUGCUGCUGCGGCGGCGUCUAGUGACAAAAUGAUUGCCCCGUUACCUCCACCACCCGAAGCUUUCCCAUCAACUUCUAAUCCAACUCAUCUACCACUUUCUACCCAACCUUCACAUGGAAAAAUACCUAGCUUAGCUCCCUCACCAAGCACUGUACACUCUCAGCCGGCAAGCAUUUCUACGAAUAAACUACCAUUACCACCAUCUAAUUCCUAUCCGUCGGACCAAUUAAUCUCUCCAAAUAAGCCGCCCACAUACAACUUGCAAAAUAUAACACCUAAAGAUAAUGUUAUCUUGCAGCAGCCUGGAUCAGCAGAUGAUUCUCAAUCUAAUGCUCCUCGUGGAUCAAUAGCUAAUAUAUCAAAAGAUACCGAAACACAAGAAUUAACACAAGAAGCUUCGCUUCCAAAUAGCAGGGCCGGAAGUGACGAAGAAGAUGUCAACGAAAGACUAGACAGCUCAAUAUAUCACUUACCUUCCGCCCUUCAAGACUUACUUCAGUCUUUUGAAUUAACCCAGCGUAGGGUUUCUACUACACCAUCUCAAAACUUUCAACGGAUGACUGCCAUUUCUCAUAAUGGUUGUCCAGAUCUCCUAGAUAUAAUGCCGCCUCAAUUGAUUAAACCAAGGAAUCCGAUUCGUACACCCUCAUAUUAUCCUCAAGCCGUAGAUCCAGUGUUUGAAGACCCCCGCCUGUACGCAAGAAUAGACCCCGACACUCUAUUUUAUGUCUUCUAUUACAAGCAAGAGACUUAUCAGCAGUAUCUUGCAGCCAAAGCUUUGAAAGACCAGAGUUGGAGGUUUCAUAAACAAUACCAAACGUGGUUCCAGCGUCAUGAGGAACCAAAAACGAUAACCGAAGAAUUUGAGCAAGGAACAUAUCGUUUUUUUGAUUAUGAGAGUACUUGGAUGAACCGAAGAAAAGCCGACUUCAAGUUUGCCUACAAGUUCUUAGAAGAUGAUGUUUGA